GGAGAAGGAGUGGGUGAGAAAACAGAGAGUGAUGGCUGUCUUAAGGGGGAAUACAAAGGAAUCAUAUCCCAUUAGAGACAUGGAACAAGAGGAAGCUGCUCUGCAGGAUCGGCUUUAUGCAGCUUUCCAGUGUUCAGAGAGACGUUUGCUGAAUUCACUGCGUCAGCGUCAGGCUGAAGUCAUUGCCAAGUAUGGAGAAAUCACUGAAAUCACUGAACCACUGGGCAUCGGAUCUGAUCUUCCCUGGCAGGUGGAGUGGACACGAACCCCACAGCCAAUGGAGGUGUGUGUGGUGUGUUUACGGACAGUGAGGGAGAAGCUCAGUAGGGGGCUGUACAGCGUGCGUGUGUCCCUGCACAGUGGGUUGGGUGGCCCUGCACUGCGCUGGUCCGGCCUGAAGGAGCAGCAGUGGACAGGAGUCACAGAGCCUGUGGAACAUCACGGCCAAAUCUGCGAUAUAGAGCUACUCAUUAACCAGAACCUCCCUGUGGUCUUGCCUGCAUCAUGUGACCUCUUGCCCUCCACUGUGCUGAUGUUCAGGCUUCUGAGCAUGCCCAGUAAGCAAUGUGCUGUGAGGGCAGUGAUGGCCUGGGGGGUAUUCCCCGUCUGUGACUGCUCUCUAACCCUUAUCCAAGGUAGAUUUCGCACUCCGCUGCUUCGGGGUUGUCCCAACUCAGCGAUAGACCAGUUCAGUAAAAUAGAGCGGCUGCUCUCUGCUGACCUGGACAACUGGCUCUGCAACCUUUACUUCCAGGUACUAAUUCUGAAUUGCACUGAACAGAAGCUGAGACCUGGGCAAUAUAUCUGACAUAGUCAUUAUCAGAAUAACUAGAUACUAGGGUAUUAUUUUCCACCAUAUGGGAAUAUUCUUCUUGCCAGUUAAAUCAGACUAUUAAAUCAUUUUAGGAUUUAUUAACACUCUUUUGUCAGCCAAGUUUAAUUAGGUUUAUAUUUUACAUUAUUUUACAUUUACAUUAUUGAAUUAAUACAUUAAUCUAAGUCUAAGAUAUAUGUCUAUAUGCU